GAUAAAACACUAUAGAACCCACUAUAUACCGGUAUAUCUGCCCGAACCAAGGUUUUGAGAUCCCACAACAUGUGGGUUAAGUUGGUUAUUCCCAUUCUAUUGGCAUCUUCUGCUGCCUGUCAUGAACACAGUCCCACGCCGUAUGGCAUGUUGCCAACAGACGGCCUCUACCCACCCCAACCCAGUAUCCAAUGGACCGGUGGACAGUUUGACUUCCCAUGCCCAUCGGUGAAGUCCUUGUUCAAGAGUUCUGGAAAGUUCAUUGGCAAGAAUAUAAUCGCAACAAGAGCACAAAUUGUCAAGGAUAGCGUAUUCCUUGCACUGCCACGCUAUCGACAAGGUGUUCCUGCAACCCUUGUCAAGACGGUCAUCAAACCAGGAACUUGUACGACAACGUUCGUGCCAUUCCCCUGUUGGAAUAUGCAGGAGGAGGGAAACUGUAAGGCACUCCAAUCGGUGGUCGAUUUGUUCGUUGAUCCCAAUGAGAUUCUGUGGGUGUUGGACACUGGAAUCGUGAAUACUCUCGAGACACCCAUUCGACGAUGCCCGCCCAAAGUGGUGGCCAUCAGUAUUAAGAGUGGCAAGAUUCUAAAGGUCAUUCCGUUGGAUGGACUUACUGCAGCUAAUUCCCGUUUGCAAUAUCUAGCUGUCGACUAUUCUCCGGAAGGAGAAUGUUUUGUGUACAUAAGUGAUGCUGCAAAUCGGGCCAUAAUAGUAUACAACAUCCAGCUUGACCGAGGCUACCGAGUUGUUCUGCCGAAGGCUGUGUCAUCUGGUAGUCGGGCACGUGAUGUUCUGUAUGUGGCACUAGUCCGCCAGGAUUGUGGAUCGACGGUGCUUUUCUUCACGUAUCUGGGUUCCAAGAAAAUGUUCGCCAUUAAAACGGAUUACCUACGAACAGGGUGUGCCGAUGGAAGGAUUAUGGAUGUAGGACUUAAGCCAACACGAAUAGUUAUUAUCGGAACGGAUAAUGGGUCAGCAAUAUUCUUUAGGCACGAAGGAGAAUCAGAAGUCUAUCGCUGGGAUACGGUGACCCCGUUUUUGGAAGCUAAUUUCAAAGCGGUCUAUCGUUGUCCAACGUGUCAGUUAGCCACACAUGCUAUUCCCGAUUAUAAGCGCAAUACAAUGCGUGUAUUGCAGAGUAAUUUCCCCGACUAUAUGCAAAAUACGAUGGGUUGUGGUGCAACGCAACAGCUAUCAGUCAUGCAAGGUUGUUGGUAGUUCACUUAAGUUGACUUGAACUGCCUUAGAAGGAAUGCCGUUGAAAGGGGGUUUUUUCCUCGAUUUUAAAUAAUCGAUUUUAAAAACGCUAACAACAAAAAAUAAUGAGACUUGUGUGUUCAUUAAUUGUUAUAUUUAACUUUAUUUAAGUAUUUUAAGGAUAAGAAUGUACGAUAGGUUUUUAUUGCUCAAACAACCAUGGACAUUUUGAAAAACAUGUUUAUCACCAUUUACCUGUGUGCAUCUUAUGUGUGAUUUUAAGUAAUUGUGUAUGAAUUUUGAAAUAAAAAUAUUUAAAA